AUGCCAGCGCGGCUCGAGACUCUGAGCUUCACGAAACUGCUUUCCGGAGACAAAGCAGAGAUGGGACGCCUGCUAGUUUCUUGCCAGACUGACGGCUUCUAUUAUCUGGAUCUCAGAGACUGGAAGGAUGGACAGUUUGUCAGACUUCUGGACAGCCUCAAUAGAAUCAUGAACGAAUGGUUCAAGCUACCGCUUGAAGAGAAAGAGAAAGCAGUAGCUUUGUCUGAUGCUCAAGGAUACAAGCCAUUGGGCCAGCAAUCUGGACCAAUUGAGAAGACCCGAGAUGGCUACGAGUCACUGCGGGUGAGCCGCACGCAGCUGCUGGAUGGCGAGCCUCUCUCUGCAGUCCUGAGCGAUAAUCUGGCCGACUUCAGGAUGCUGCUGGACCAAAGCCACUACAUCACAAUGUCCAUCCUGGGUUGGCUGUCAGAUGCACUGCAAGUCCCUGUCCCUGAACGCUUCGAGAAUUAUCAUCCCGAUGACGGCACCUCUCGCAGUGCCUUCGACUUCAUCCAUCAUCCGCCAAAGCCAGAUCAUGGAGGCAUGGGCCACAACAUGCAUACCGACCUCGGCCUUUUAACUCUGCUGUUCAACCAGCAACCAGGCCUGCAGGUCAUCACACCACAGACCAAUGAAUGGCAGUACGUCACGCCACGCCACGGAUUUGCAGUGAUGAAUGUUGGCGAUACAUUAAUGAUGGCUUCGCAAGAUCGUCUCCGCUCUGCUCUCCACCGGGUCUACCCCAUGGGAGGCACUAUGAAGGAGCAUCGCUACUCCACAGCAUAUUUCUUGAGGCCGAGCGACAGUGCCACGGUGAAGGAUUUGGAGGGCAAUAUAGUGACUGCCGAAGAGUGGUUUAAGCGCAAGUUUAAGUCAUUCACAAUGAACUUGGAGGAGCAACGUAACGACUCGCUCGCAUUUGGAGGCAUUGAUCGCACGCUAAAGAUCAAGGUCUGA